AUGGAGCGAGCGGCAGUCUUGGCGAAGAUCGCGUUGCAGCAAGACCAGAGACGACGGGAGCGCUACUAUAAUCCACAAGUACGCUGCAGGACCAACUUCAAAACAGGAGAGUUGGUAUGGGUGUUGAAGCCACCCCGUGGAAAAGGGGUCACGAAGUUAGCUCACCAGUGGGUAGGACCGGCGAAGUUGGCGGAGAGCGUCGGCUUCGACAACUGGUUGGUGGAGCGGCAGGAUCUUCAAGAGUCUCUGAUAGUUCACACUAGCUUCUUGGUGUCGUAUUACUAUCCGAAAGACCGCUUGGGCACGUUAGCGGACCGUAUACUUACUGAACUGGACGAAGAUGACAUCACACUCAGUUAUGAGGGGAACGAUACCGUAGAACUCAAUACCACGACAGCCGACGAUUGCAUGAACGACGAUGGGGACUUCCGGGCUCACAGUGACUCGUUAACUAGUGGAAACGCAGACCGGGAUGUUGAUCAGGAGGGGCCGGUUGAAGCUAAUGGCGAGUCGGCCCGUCGCGCAGUACGGCGGCCGGGACUAGCGGUUGAUGAGGGUGCCGGUGUGCGGCAAGCGUUGGGAGAGGCGUUGGAGACAGCCCGCCAGGCGCUGCUUGAAGGGACCCCUGCUUUAACGAUAGAAAAGCGGGCAGGAGCGCCGGAAAUACCGUCACCAGUAGUACCGGCACCGCAACGGUCUUAUGAGAAGCAGGUGGAGAUCAGAAUGAAAGCGCCGCCAGUUACACAUAACCGAAAGAAGCCACAGUUGAGCAGUACACAGGCAAUUGGCGAAGACGAAGCUCAACAGCGAAGGCGGAAGGAAGAAGCGGACGCACGGGCAGCGAAAGCAGCGCGACGGGGUACUCUACGUGACCAGCAACCGCAAGCAGAAACCACGGAAGUGGAUACAACUCCAGCUAACCGGGUUCCAGGCACUGCGACGGCCCACAACGAUGAGAGAGACGCUGUCGGCGAUGGAGGCGAUGCUGUCAACGCUGCACCAGCACGAGGGACGGUCACGCUCACUGAAGGAGCCGUCCCCAUCGAGGUGGCAAACAAACGAACGGGAGCGCGCGACAACAGAGAACUGGAGCGAACAGGAGGUGACGGACGAGGGGAUGCGAUCAAUGGGGGUGGACAAGCAGAAACAGCUGCGACCCAGGCAUUACGAGGCCGGCAACAAGCCCCGGGAACACCCCACGACCUACGAACCCCUUUUACACCAACCACCACGGCGGUGGUCAUCUACGAGCGAGGACAGCGACGCAUCAGGAAUCGAGCAGGCAGGUACGAAACGCAACAUCAAGUGGAGUACCGAUAUGGGCCAGGAAGACCAACACGACGAGAGUGGCUCACAGCGGAACAGUUCGAAGUCCUGCGUGACGACAACCGCCGCCAAGAACUCGACGAGUAUCCCCGCGUGCUUCCUGAAGGCGACAACUUAGCGUCACAGUCCUCAAUCUACGAUCGUUUUGUCGCCGAUGGAGGAGCCGACGCUAUUCUUCGGCUGACGAACUUCACCCUGCAUGAAAUCAACACGCCCUGGGGGUCUGUUCGCCCCCACAUCACACGGUACUGGAAUGUAGGGCGUGGGAGACACUCCCAGUUCAAGGGAAAGGAUGUGCUGUUCAUGACUCUCGUUGUGCUUAAGAAUGGGGGUACGUGGGAGAUGUUUUCCAACAUUUUUCACGUCAAAACGCCAACAUUCAUCAAGACUGUCACCAACUUCAUCCGGGAUAUUGCUCCAAAGCUCUAUGACGACUGGGUGGCUCAAAAAGCCCAAGAAGAAACCAUGCGCAUGCUUGUCACAUCGGGAAACACGUUUCAGCAUUAUCCGUUCGCGCUGUACGCCACGGACGUGACCUUGCAGCAAGCCAAUCGAUCUGCUGGUAAUAUGGCGGAGGAUCUUCCUUUCUAUAGUGCGAAGCACAAGCUAUACGGGUACAAGGUUGAGGUUUCGGUGAGUCCGCGCGGUUUUGCUAUUAAUUGCACGGAGCACGAACGCGGCAACACCGCCGACAUUACGAUGUUCCGGCGGAACGAAGCGUUCCACCACUCUACGCGCCAAAAGAAAUACGAGGAUAGAACACUAUAG